AUGGACAGAGGACAAACUCAGGGAGAGAGAAAGAGGGCAGAGGAAGAGAGCACCGAAGGAGCAUCCACUUCUUCACUCGUUUCUCCAAAAGCCACAGGUGUAGGUAGCGGUCCAUAUGACGUGUUCUUGAGCUUUAGAGGCUUGGAUACUCGCAAUACAUUCACCGAUCACCUCUAUCACAGUCUAAUCAAGGCAGGGACUGUACCGUUUUGCGUGUUCAGGGAUGAGAACAACAUCCCAAUUGGUGAGAAAUUUGAUUCAGAGAUUUUCAAUGCCAUUGUACAGUCUAAGAUUUCGAUUCCCAUCAUCUCCGAAAAUUAUGCUUCGAGCAAAUGGUGCCUCCGCGAGCUUGUUCAUAUCAUGGACCGUAAGAAGAGCGCAUCACACAUAGUGUUGCCUAUAUUUUACAAAGUUGCCCCAUCAGAUGUGCGGCAUCUAAAAGGAAAUUUUGGAAAUGCCUUCCAUUCGAGUCGGAAGCAUUUUGAUGAGAAGGAUAUCCAGGAAGGACAACGAGCACUUAAUGAAGUUAGUUACUUAAAUGGAUGGGAAUCUCAAAAAAUUGCGGACGGGCAUGAGGGAAAAUUAAUAGAACGUGUGGUUGAAACUGUUAUAAGCAAGUUACGGGAAGAUUUUCAGCUAGAUGUGCCUGAGCAACUAGUUGGACUUGAUGAUCGUAUGAAGGAAAUUAUGAAUUGGAUCGACAAUCCUUCCAUCAAUGCUCGAAUGAUUGGAAUUUAUGGCAUGGGUGGGAUAGGCAAGACAACUCUUGCCAAGUGCAUCUACAAUCAACUCUCAAAUAAAUUUGUGCAUGUAGCUUCCUUCCAGAUGUUCGAGAAACUACCAGGCGCCAUGGAAGUAUGA